AUGGAGUGGUGGUGGUGGUGGCCGGAAUCUGAAGAAGUGAGAAGACAGCCACCGUAUCUCCUUCCGUCAUCUGUGGCUGGUGAUGAUCAAACUCCCCCACCACCCUCUCCCGGUUUCCAACCCGCCUAUGCCGUAAACAACAUCAAAAAUCUGAUUAGCAUCACCCUUGAUCAAGAAGAAGGGCAAUACGCCACAUGGGUUGAACGCUUUCAUAUUCAAGCAUGUGCGUACAAUGUUCUUGACCAUAUCGAUGCCUCCGUUUCUCGACCCUCAGAUAUUGAUGAUGCGACAUGGACAAGGUUAGAUGCAAUUGUGAAGGGCUGGAUUUAUAGUACUAUCUCUAAAGACCUUGUUCACGCCAUCAUGAAGCAAGGUGCAACCGCUCUUCAGUUAUGGACUCGACUUGAACAUUUUGCUAAUAUGGAAGAUUAUUGCAAAGAGAUCAAGCUUCUUGCCGACCAAUUAAGCAAUGUCGACAAUCCGGUCUCCGACAGAAAAAUGGUUCUUCAGUUGAUUUCUGGUUUGACAAAAGGGGAGUAUGACACGGUUGCCGCACUGAUUUCCCAAACCGAACCAACCCCAAGUUUUAUCAAGGCUCGUUCUAUGUUCUUGCUAGAAGAAACCCGAAAGUCAAAGCAAGAAGAGCAUGGUCAACAGGCCCUCAUGGCUCAACAACCACCGACUGCCGUCGCGGCACCGUCACCACCACCACCGCAACACUCCGACAGUCAGUGUGGUGGGGCUAUUCGUGGAGGGCGGGGUCGUGGCAGAGGGCAGAGUAAAAAUGGGAAGGGGCGUGGCAGGGGGCGAACCACAAAUCCCUCCUCUUCUCACCAGCCCAACGGCCCACAGUACUUGGCCCAGCAGGCUCCUCAAUGGGGCGGGCAGCCCACUUGGCAGCAACAGCAACCAGGCUAG